AUGUUCCACCACCUCCGAACGCGCGUCCUUCCUCUCCUCCUCCGCUACCCACCAUCCCAUCCCCCCGCCUCCCACCUCGUUCCCCUCCACCGCCUCCUCUCCACCACCGCAUCCAUCUCCCCCAAACCUUUCUCCGCCAAGGACUUCCUCGUCACCGACUGCGGCCUCACCCGAGCGCAGGCCCUCAAGGCCUCCAGAAGGCUCUCCAACCUCACUUCCCUCUCGAAGCCCCAGGCCACGGUGGCCUUUCUCUUGGGUCGCGGCGUCCCCCGCUCCGACAUCGCCGUCGCCGUGGUCGCCGAUCCGUCCCUCCUGUACGCCAGCGUGGGGAUGGUCCUCGCCCCCCGCUUCGCCGAGCUUAGCGAACUCGGCUUCUCGCCUUCGCAGAUCGUGGCCAUCCUCUCGAUCCGCCGCACGGGCGCUCUCCGCGGCAACCUCCUGUUCUGGUUCGGGAUCUUCGACUCCUACCCCAAGCUGCUCUUUCUGGCAAAGUCAAACCGCGAGCUCCUCAGCGCCAGCAUCGAGAAGGUGAUCAAGCCGAACCUGGCCACCCUCCAAGAAUGUGGGAUAAGUGCUCCUGAUAUUGCAGUUUUAAGCUUGUACUCCUGUCGGUUGUUCACCGUGAAACCCAAGUUUCUGGUGGACGCCGUGGCGCGGAUCGAGGAGUUAGGCGUGCAGCGAAGCUCGUGGAUGUUCCGCCGUGCACUCGCUGCACUCGCCUUCAAGAGCAAGGACGUUCUCGCCAGGAAAAUACAAUUUUUACAUACGCUUGGGUUUUCACAGGAUGAUUUGGUGAAUAUCGCCAAGAAGGCGGCACUUGUCCUGGCUUUAUCUGAUAAAAAGAUUCAGCGAUCUGUGGGGUUCUUAAUGAAGGAUGUCGGUCUGCAGGCUUCGUACAUUGCUCGAAGGCCAGCGCUGAUCAUGUAUAGCGUUGAGAGGUGGUUGUUGCCCCGGUACUCCCUGCUUAAGCUUCUCAGGCAGAAGGGAUUACUGGACGUGGAAUUGGACUAUUAUACCAUGGCAUCGCUGGCUGAGAAGAAGUUUGUGCAGAAUUUUGUGGAUCCUUAUAAGGAUAGUGUUCCAGGCCUAGUUGAUGAGUAUGCCUCUGCAUGUCGUGGGAAAGCACCAAAAGGAAGUGCUCGGCUACAACGCUGA